GGAGUUAACGUGCAAACAUGGCCGCAAGUUCACGAGAUAUCAUUGUCAAAGAAGAAGAGGAACAAGACGAUACCCCAGACUUUUCAGAAGACAGUCUUCGUCAAAAAACGACCGUAACUGCCAUUGGAAAAGUGAGUUUCUCUCAAUUCAUGAAAGAUAUUUUGCCUGGGUGACAACUUCCUAAAACAGUGCUCGACAAAUUUGUCAAAUUUUGUGUUCUCGUCGACAUGAAGUUUAUAUUUCGUAUAAUGUUUUCGCUCCAUAUUUUUUUUACAUAUCGUGUCUCUCUUUUCCGUUUCCUAUUAGGGGUGAAUUGUGACAAUUGCAACCAUUUUUAAAGUGGUUGCUCUCUAGUUUUCUUUGAAAACUCCAAUUUUGAAACAUUACGCGCGCAGCUUAGUAUGUUUAGUUAAGUACGCCUGAACUAAUUUCACCAACAUGUCAGUUAAUUUCAGUUUCAGGCGUAAAUACUGUUUCAGUUUUUAUAGAAUAACUUAGUCAAAAUCUCUUUUUCAAAAGAUUAGCGCAAAUUGGCACACAAUUUUUGUUUUGUACGAAAAUUUAAAGCAGCUGUUAUUGGGAAAGUGUUUGUUGACCUUUGUGUCUCUACAUCUUCCAAAAAUGACGUUGCUUGCUGUAUACAAAUUUUACGUCUUCUUCGUUUGGUAGGACAUGCCCUAUUUUUUUUUUUAAUAAAAGGUUGCUUUUAUCUCUUUUACUAAAGAAAUCUGUUUGUAUUUCUGCGCGCUUGCAUUACAGUCUGGGAGAUUGGAGAGAGGGAGGGGGGGGUGGGAGAUGGUUGGGUCUAUGCGUAUGCUGUUGUCUCUGGGUUGUCAAACCUUCUGUAGCCAGGUUUUUCACGAUACAAACUCGCGCAACAAAAAUUUAAGUUCAGUGAGACCAGUAGAAAGCAUACACCAGCUGAAGUUCCAAUUUGUCUUCUUAUAUAAAAAUUUAUGUUAUUAUAAUUCUAACACAAACUUGUGUGUAACAAUUAUCUAAUGAUAUGUGGGGCUGUGGUUAAACCUGAAAUAAGCCAUUUUUUUAACCAAAGCUUGUAUUAAGUUGACUUUUCUAGUUUGUUUAAUUAUGUCCAAUGAAUACAAGUUUCCCUUUAGAAAACCUCCAGACUAUGACCUUCUUAGGCUAAUUUGGUACUAUCAACUGAGUUGAUAAUGUAAAUUGGCCUCCAUAAAGAGUUUAAAAGCUAAUAUUUCGUUCGUUAGCCCUUCAUUAGAGUGAAGGUCCAUCAGAAUGUCAACAUUUUCAACUCAGUUGAUAAUACUGAAUUACCCUGCUAUAUGCUCCUGCUGACACAGGACCACAGUUUCUUUAGAAACUUGCCCCCUGUAUUCAUGAGCUUCGUACCCUAUUUGGCUAAAACUGUUCCAUGUCCCUUACUGACUCUCACAGAAAAGUAAUGAAGAUCCUUUCCUUUUACAGGUUAAAACCUUUGCAGGUCUUGAGGUGGUUGAGUGGAUAUUUCUUACCAUUUCAGUUGUAAAUGUGCUUAUUGCAAUUGGACUCACCAUAGAAAGAUUAGUGAAGCUUCUAAAAUGCUCACCUGACUACACCUUUGCCAUCAUCCUCUUCAUUAACAUAAGUAUGAACCAGCCUUUGCUAUCAUCCUCUUCAUUAGCAUAAGUAUGAACCAGCUGUCACUCUAAGAAGAAUGAAAGUGUUGAGUUAAGUUCACUAAACCAAACCAAUGAAGUAGUUUUUUUCCUUAAAUUCCAUCACUGUAUCCUAUCUUUUGACAUGAUCUCAGAUUGGGAGUUACAUUUUGGUUUCUUCCAGCUAAUUACAUGUACUUGUUUAGCUGAAACUCUGGUUCACAGAUGAAAAUCAUUCUUUUAAGCAGACACUUCAAAUCCAGGUGUACUGGAGCUCCAGCUUAUAAAACUGUUUGUUUUCCAUCAAAAUAUUCACUAAAAAUUUUUGGUAACUGUGAUUACCAAUUAACUAAAUUUGAUGAAUACAAACUUAAAAACUAUUAUUUUGGGUUGAGAUGUUUACUUUUAUUGACACCAUUUAUUUUCAAAAGUGAUGCAAAAUGCUUCCUUCCAUGUUAUUUCAAGAUAGCCUCUCUUUGGCUUGCUGAUUAGCUUUUUUUUUUUUCUUCACCCACAUGCUAAGUCAAGUUACCUUGUCAUCUCAUUGAGUAGAGUGUACCUUGUUAUUAUGUUUGAUUAUAUAUAUAUAUAUAUAUAUAAAUUAUGUAUGUGGUUUUUUUCUUUACCUGUAGUUUUCUGUUUCUUCUAUGCUGUCCAUGGAAUAUUGAGAGAGAGAGAAUUUGAAUUGUAUGCUUAUAUUGUGGGUAUCGUUGUUCUUCUGAGCUAUAUUUGUAUUGAUCUCAUUGUCAACAAGGACGGCAGGUCUAAAUUGAAAUGGGUGAGUAUGACGCAAUUCUGUUUUAUAUAUGCAAAUGACCCAUGCAGUAACUAGAAAUUUUUGACAGGGGUGGUGAAGGAGCAAUGAAACAAGUGCUAACUGUCUCUAGCUCUUGCUCAGCACAUUUAAUUAACUCUUUCACUUCCAUGAUCUCAUUAGAAAAUCUCCUUACUGUCUGCCAUAUAAUUCUUAAGUUGUUAGCUUGGAGAAUUUGGUAUUGGAUUAACUUAAAAUCCCCUAAUUUAUACUUUUCUUUAUUCUUAUCACCUGUCUGCUUGAUCUUGCACUGAUAUUGUAAGGAGAAAUUCUGUGUUUAUCACUAGCGGGAGAAAGAUUUUAAAGGGUAGGAAUUUACAAAAAACAUAAUGACAAAAGUAUAAGGAAGUGUACACUGAUGAUUUUCCUUGAACUUUGUUUCCUUCAGAUCUUACUAAUAAUUCUCCUUACUGUCUGUUAAAUGAUUCUCAUCAUGUUAGUUUGGAGAAUUUAAUAUCGGAUCAAUUAGUAAUCCCAUAAUUGAUAUUUUUUUAUUUUCAUCACUUGUCUGCAUGAUAUUGUAUAGAUAUAGUAAGGAGAAAUUCUGUCUUGGUCACUCACGGGAGUUAAAGGGUUAAAGGCAAGCAACUUGGUUGUGGAAAUAAGUUUGGAAGAAUUUGUUGGUGACCAACAUCAAACUACUCCAGUUUCUUUAGCAGAACUGAAUAAAACAUUAAGGUCAUGAGAAAAAAGGAAUUGAUCACCAACUAAAGAAAGCUCUUGAUUCAUAGAUAAAUUCUCCUAUCAGUACCACGGGAAAUAUAUAGAGAAUGGUAUGGAGAACAUGCAUGCUGAUGUUGGGGUGUAAAGGGUAUCAAAAAUUUCAUCGAAUAAGUCGCUGUUCCAAUAGUUAUGGCCAUGAUGAUGUGUGUACAGCUGCUGCUUUACAAGCCUUGUUCAUUUGUUUAUUUUCUGUUUGUUUAUCCAAUUGUCCUUUUUUCUCUUAUCCAUUGACUUCUCUUAUUGUGGUUGUAUCUUAUAGGCCAGGUUUGGAGCAAUUUUAGUCCUUGGCCCUCCAAACAUUUAUUUUGGCUUCAGAGUUGCUCUGGAUUUUGGUUUUUUAGCCUUCAAGGUGGUGGGAGCCUCAGAAUCAUUACACAGUAUGUUAUAACAAUAUGAUAUCAUUAUUGCACAGUUUAAAUUAAAUAUUGAUUUCAAAAUAAUAUGAAUUGUUGUACAAUAGUAUAACAAUAAUAUGGAAAAAUGAAGGUUUUGUGAUGUCUCUCUUCAGUUUGUUAAAACAUGUUCCUACUACGACCAAUCAUUUAUCAGCUAAUGUACCCAUGCUGGAGAGCAUCGAUAAACUGGUGGACAUUUUGUUUCUUUAGAACUGUUUGCAAGAACCACUAUUAAUAUUGACAAGGAUUUGAGCUUGUCUGCUGAUGAUCAGUGUUUAAAAUUCUGACCACCAAGAGUCAAUUCUGGGUUGCUAAAUGGCAACCAAUUGAUGGCAGUUAUGGACCCUGAACUUUUUUUUAGUAUAUAUAAAUUGUAUUAUAUAAUAAGCUCAGUUAUGCAUGCAUUUUGAUUGGUUCUCACUUAUGAUCUAUUGGAGGACAGAUGUAUAGUUGACAUCAUCAUUAAAACUUUUAUUUCCAUAUAUUUAAUUCUUUAUUAUAUAAAACAAAUAGAUUCCAAGUUGCUAUGCGUCUGUUCAGUAAUAGAUCACAGAGGAUGUCAAAAUGUGGUAAGAACAUCAGUGACACACUCGGCUGCACCUUGUGUGCCACUUUUUUGUUCUUACCACAUUUUGAUGUCAUCUGUGAUCUAUUACUGAACAGAUGCACAGCAACUUGGAAUCUAUUUGUUAAAUAUAUAUAUAUACCAAUUGCACUGGGUCUCAUUAAGCAUUAAAGAUGUGGUUGAAUAUUUCAUUGUUUUGGAGCUCUGAUCCUGAAUUGCCAAUCUGUACUUUGAAAUAUGUUUCAGGGAUGUACAGAUAUGCGGGAAUGUUUUCCUGUCUUCUGAAAUUUGACCUUCAACUUGCGGUGAGUCUUUUUUGAUAUGGGUUUCACUUUAAAAUCUUUUCUUCCUAAUGGUGUCCAAAGAGAAAUUUUCCACUUGAAAUCUUCGAUACACUAACUACCUAGCAUUAAUGCUUUCAAAGCAGCUUUAGUUAAAUAUUAUAAAAAAGCACUUGUUGAAAUGUUUGAUCAGGAUAAUGUUUUUACUUGGAAAUCAUUGUGUCCCAAGUGCUAUUCCAUUAGGAAUUUAAGCAGUUUUCAUUAGUGUUGUUUUUAGUAGAUAUUAAUAAUUAUUAAUCUUUAAAUAAGAACAGAUAUAUAUUUUUUGCAUGUAAAUUCUUAUAUUAUAUACAUAUAUUUUGAUAUUUUAGUGUAUUAUUUAUUUUAUUUGUAUUUUGCUUAAAUUCUCCCCUAUCAUUAUUUUUAUUGGACUUUUACCUAGUUGGAGCUUGCUCUGUUGUGACUGUCCCUCACAGAGUUUUUUCUCUUCACUACUGUUAUUUUUGGUUUUUCUUUACUUCUUCUUCUUCUUUUACCAAUUUACAUUAACUGUCAUCUAACUAUUAUUUAUCAUAUUAGUAUGUUAUGAAAGUCGAAUAAAUAAAAAAUAUCUGUAACACUAAGAAUAAAUUGUCCCUCUUGACAGACUGUUACAAAUGCAUUGUCUCUACAGGUUAGCCUGGCCAUUUUUGUGAUCUACAAUGUGCAAGAUCUUGGUGUUGGGGAUAAAAUUACAGUGGGUGUUGGUAUCCCACUCCAGUUAGCUUGGAGCAUCUUGGGUUGGUUUGCGGUAAGUAUUUCUGGUGUUACAUCAGGGCAUGAAAUUAAUAUUUUUUUCUGAUAGCCACUUGGCUCCUAAAUUCUUCAAAGUGGUAGCCAAUUCAAAAAAAGUUGGUUGCCAUUUUCAUAGACAAACAAAACCUUUCUUUUUUGUUCUAGAUAGACCCUCCAAAAUUAAGUUAGGAAAAAGAUCUUUAAUUUGCUACAAAGUGGACACUAGAAUGGAUGAUAAACAAUGUUUCAGCUCACCUAAAUCCAAGAUGGCAUCUAGUUAUCAAUCAAUUGAGGAAGUUUGCUGUGGAUUUAUCUUUACAAAUAUUUUUAAUUUACUAUAUCUCUUGGUAAGGUUAUGAUGAAACAUUCUAGUCACCAAUUUGGUGACUAAUUUUCGGGAUUUGGUUGCCAAAGUGAAAAAUUUGGUCGCAUUGGUGCCAGUAUUAGGUGCAAUUUCAUGUCCUGUACAGUCAUGAUCAUAAAACAAGCACAUGCCUCUAUGUAAAUUGUUAAUUUGUUUUAACGGUGAUAAAAAUAUAGUGACAUCAUUUGUUUGAAAUCAGUGAUGAUGAUGAUAAUGAUGAUGAUAACUAUUAAUUAAUCAUUUUUGCUGCCUUAAGGAAAUUUAGUGUGAGGUUUGACAAAGCCCAGUAAAAAAAAAAAAAUCAAGAGACUUGCAAAUUUUCAGACUUGGUUCCACUUUUACUCACUAUUUUUUAUUUCUUCAAGAUGAGAAAAGAACGAAUGAUACUAGUGCAGCUCUUCAUCCCUCUAAGCUUUGUGGAGCCUUGCUACUUAAUCUACAAAAUAUAUAAGGUUUGUUCUCUGUCUGGCUUUGUUCAGUCACAUGUUUCCUUUGGAAAAUAAUUGUAUUAAGCUUCUGUUUACAUCCUCAUUGCCAUUUACUUCAGAUCAAGUGACAUUUCCUUUGAGAAAUUGAUAUUGUGUAUUGAUUUCUCACCCAGCUAGAUGUAACAUGAGUAUGAAGGAAUAAUGAAACAUUUUAAACUAACAAUAAGGAUGUAAUCAUGUCAUGAUCCAUAUUGGGUGGUAACAAGGUUAUUACCAAUUUCAUGAAAUAAUUGCCAUGCUAGUUAUAAGUGCCCUUCCCCAAAUAGGCACCCACCCACCCCCUGCUCCUCCCUCCUGUUCUUAAAUAGUGGGGAUACAAGGAAAACCUGUUGGUAUUCAUCUUUUAUUUAUAAAUUUUUAAGCUUGAACUAAAGCAAAAUCAGUAAAGGAGAAUAACAAGCACCCCUCCAUAGGAAGUGCCCCCCCUUUUUUAGCUUAAAGUUGAAACAAGUACGCCGUUGCUUAUUUGGGGAAAUACAAUAAUCAUGUUUGCCAAAUAUAUGUAUCAAACAAUGUGAUAGUAUGAUAAUAAUUACUUAUCUGUACGUUAUGCAAAUUUGAUUGGUUUGUUUGUGUGUAGGUGGCAAAAAGUUGGGAUAAAGCCAUUGCUCAUGGUCAAGAUUUUCUUGUUUACUCUUUCCUGGGGGCAGGUUUGUAUAUUCCCACUUUUUGAAUGUCAUUAUGACUGGAAGUUAUUUAAAUUUUUUCUCAGGGAAAACUGGAAAGGCUGAUAGAAGGUUGCUCUUUUUUUUUUACCCAUUUUGCUCACCAGAUUUCAUUGGUAAUUCUCCUUACUACCUGCCAUACAAUUCUAAGGAUGUUAGUUCUGAGAAUUUGAUAUUGGUUCAAUUAAUAAUUCUCUGAUUUAUAUUUUCCUUUAUCCUUAUCACUUUUCUGCUUGAUUUUGUAUCAAUGUUGUGUUUUGGUCUCUCGUUGGAGGUUGUACCCUGGGCCUUCCUUGGUCAGGUCAUUCAUGGGUUUCAAAACAAGCUGGUAACUGCUGCAGUUCCGCCGGCUACAUGAUAACAUGAUGCUGGUUACUGUGGUCAAAAUAUUUUCCUUUUGGCCCCUAAUGAACCUUUUACAGUUGCCUACUUUUGCAGAGUCUGACACCUACUUCAAAACAUUUUGAAACCUCUGGGUCAAUUUGCUGAAUUCUUGGGCAAGACAUUUAACCUUUAUAGUAGCUCUGUUCAUCUAACAGCUUUCUCUAUCUGUGUCAAGUACAGAUUUUUUCUGAACUUAAUAUCAUUUAGCGUGAAAAAUCAAACCUCUUUUAGGUGCUUACUUCACAGUUUUUGCCUUCUUUUUAAAACUGAUUGAAACUUCUCACAGUAAUAGUACAUAUCAAUUGUGAUAAACUGUGAGAGAAACCUUAAAAAAUGCUGGGGUAGGAGUCCUUUUAGUAGCUUUAUACCUCUGAAACAUGUGGAAGCUCUAGUAAGAUAGACCCUCUGUCUCAAUCAGGUAACUUAUGAUUGAUAGGUAGUUUAGUGUUAACAGCUGCGUUGAAAAUACAAAUUGGCCACUGUAAAUAUAGGAAGAAAGCUGACAUUUCAAAUGUUCACCCUUUGUCAGAGUUAUUGACUCUUCUUAACCCCUAAACUCACAGAAAUGAUCGAUAGUUAUUUUCUCCUUGUAAUAUCCAUACAUCAUCCUGCAGACAAGUAACAAGAAUACUUAAACUUAUCAGAUGGAAGUUGUUAUCUUGAUCUAACACCAAAUACUCAUAAUUAAUUUACAAGGACAUGUAUAGCAGCUAGAGGAAAGAAUUAACAAUCGAAACCUUGGAGUAUAAGAGUCAAUUAUCAGUUUGGGCAUCCUUUUUGGUUGCUUAAAGGUGAAGAAGGGGGUAACACAACCUCCAGAUGUACAAGUUGUCUUACAUUCUCAUAUCUUUUCAGCUUCAUUGGCAUUUAUUGUGCGAGUGCUGGUUUUGGUCACUCUGAACUUUGUUGUGAACAACUUUGGAAAAGGACUGAAAGAGAUUGGUAAGUAUGGUAGCAUGAGACCUGUUUUUUGCAAUGAAGUGUUAACCUUUUUCAGGCUUGGCUGCUUGUGACUCAGAGUACCAAUGCGAGCCCGCUUGCUUGGUCUAUGAGUGUGAGAUGCGGUGUAGGCUUAUAACAGUCACAGCAGGUGGGCCACAAAAAAAAUUACUUAUCUAUGUUUUUUUGUUAUUAAUAGUGUUUAACCUGCCAGUGACAGGAGAUGAGUCUCCAAUGUUUCCAAGAAAAAGAAAGACAGCAAAGUGUUGUGGAAUAGUUUUCUGUGGGCCAUUUGGAUGAGAAACUAAGAUGGGAAUUCCUUGCAAAGGACAAGAAAACUUCAUUUAACCCUUUAACUCACAUGAGUGACCAAAACAGAAUUUAUCCUUACGAUAUCAAUACAAUAUCAACCAGAUAAGUGAUGAGAAUAAAGGAAAAUAUCAAUUUAAGGAUAAUUAGUUGAUCUAAUACUAAAUUCUCUUAACUAACCCCAUAAGAAUUGUAUGGUUGACUGUAAGGAGAAUGACAAAUUUGGUCUGGGAGUUAAAGGGCUAAUUAGUAUUAGUAAUAGAGAUGUAGCUUAUAAACUUAUGGAAUGUAAUUUAAAUUUUACCCUGCAAGCCUUAAGCUUGUAUCACCCAUGCUUGUGACAAGACAAAAAAAAUCUCUCUAUUUCUUUAUCAAUCUCAAAACUUAGCAUCUCUCUUAUUCUCUUUACAAACAUGACAAUAUCAACAUUGCUUAUCCUAGCAGUAUGCAGGACAUGUGUCUAUUACUUCUUAACAGGCCUCAAUCAUCAUAGUCUCUGUGGCUCAGUGGUAGAGCAUCAGAAUGUGGAAUCUGAAGGUCUGAGGUUCAAUUCCUCAUGAGGACUCAGAUUCUUGUCGUGACAAGAUGAAAAAACAUCUUUCUCUAUUUCUUACUAAGAUCAAAACUUACCAUUCCUCUUAUUCUAUUUACAAGCCUUAAGCUGUGAAAGUAUAAAAAAAACCAACUUGUCAGAGUAGGGUUCACUUUGUGUAGAGUUAUGAGAAUUUAACAUUUUUUAUUCAAAACCUUUGUCCAAUUGGAUUGGUGGUUAAUACUCUUGAAAUUCAACUUUAGAUGGUACUCAGUAUUCAUAUACCACUGAUCAUAUAUCCUAUUUAACAGUAUUAAUUAGUUGAUUAGAAGGAAUUCAAUCUUAGUUACCCCUCGAGUUUCUGUUUUGGUAAUUAAGUUCAGCUCCCAGCAUGUAGAGCUUUUUAAUGCUCAAUCAUUAAAUUUAUCAUGCAUGUAAUGCAAAGGUAUUAAAAUACCAACUAGUCAGAGUAGAGUACACUUUGUGUAGAAUUGUGAAAAUUUAACUUUUUUUAUCCAAAACCUUUGUCAAAUUGGAUAGGUGAUUAAUACUGUUGAAAUUCAACUUUAGAUGGUACUUGGUAUUCAUAUACCACUGAUCAUAUAUCCAAUUUAACAGUAUUAAUUUGUUGAUUAGAAGGAAUUUAAUCCUAGUUAUCCUUCGAGUUUCUGUUUUGGUAAUUAAGUUCAGCUCCCAGCAUGUAGAGCUUUUUAAUGCUCAAUCAUUCUAAACUGAUCAUGCUUGUAAUGCAAAGGUAUUAAAAUACCAACUAGUCAGAGUAGAGUACACUUUGUGUAGAGUUAUGAAAAUUUAACUUUUUUAUCCAAAACCUUUGUCAAAUUGGAUAGGUGAUUAAUACUGUUGGAAUUCAACUUUAGAUGGUACUUGGUAUUCAUAUACCACUGAUCGUGUAUCCUAUUUAAUAGUAUUAGUUGAUUAUAAGGAAUUUAAUCCUAGUUACCUCUUCAAUAAUUUCUGUAUCAACCUCUGCAUAUAGAAAAAAGAGGAGACUUGAUGUGUAAAGUACAUUUCUAGAAAUCAUAAACACUUUAUUCAAAUUGUAAUUUUUUUAUAGAUCGUUUGAUUGUAGGUUUAAAUAUUUUGUACUUUAAUUACAGUUGAGUUUUAAUUCAUACUAAAGUGUCUUUGAUGAUCAGGUGAUGUUGCAUUUGCUGAUAAUUAAUGCUUCACAGUUAUAAGAAUAAAUGUUAAAAUAUCAUAGGUAACUAAGUUCUUAAAAGGACCUUGCUAUAUUUACAAUUGGUGUAUACUUGUAGAAAUGAUGACAAUAUAGCAUUGUAUUGACUUAUAUAUAUUUUAAAUGAAACAAAUCUCGCCAUUUUUUUUCAGUAGGGUGAUGUGUUAGUUACCCUUGUGUUUUUCAAGUAAAAUAAAUUUUGCCAUGGAAAUGGUGAUG